UCCUGAACUCUUCUCCACGCAUUCUCACUUGCGAUUGCCCGCCAGCUAUAAAUCCCUCUUCAACUAGGAAAAUGAAUUUCGGGAACUUGAAGGUUCCAAACAUUCCAGGUGGUGGUGCAUCCUCCGCACUGCUCAAGCUGGGGAUUUUUGGUGGGCUUGGCCUGUAUGCAGCCGCCAACAGUCUUUACAAUGUUGAAGGAGGGCAUCGGGCUAUUGUCUUCAACCGGGUGCUUGGUGUCAAAGAGAAGGUCUAUCCUGAAGGGACUCAUUUUAUGAUUCCGUGGUUUGAAAGGCCAGUCAUCUAUGAUGUCCGUGCUCGGCCUCAUCUCAUUGAGAGUACAUCUGGGAGUCGUGAUCUCCAGAUGGUGAGAAUUGGGCUUCGAGUCCUUACCCGUCCUACACCAAAUGAAUUACCUUCAAUUUACCGGACGCUUGGUGAAAAUUAUAAUGAAAGAGUUUUACCUUCUAUCAUACAUGAAACUUUGAAAGCCGUGGUAGCACGAUACAAUGCCAGCCAACUGAUUACUCAGAGAGAGGCUGUUAGUAGGGAAAUCAGGAAUGUUCUGAAAGGGAGGGCAGCCAACUUCAAUAUUGAGCUUGAUGAUGUGUCAAUUACCUCUUUGACCUUUGGCAAGGAGUUCACAGCUGCAAUUGAAGCCAAGCAGAUUGCUGCACAAGAAGCUGAGAGGGCAAAAUUUAUUGUGGAAAAAGCUGAACAGGACAAGAAAGGCGCUGUAAUCAGAGCACAGGGUGAGGCAAAAAGUGCCCAGUUGAUCGGUCAAGCUAUCGCCAACAAUCCGGCUUUUGUCACGCUGAGGAAGAUAGAAGCUGCAAGAGAGAUCGCACAUACUAUUUCAAAUGCAGCAAACAAGGUGUACUUGAAUUCCGAUGAUCUGCUGCUGAAUCUUCAAGAGUUGAAUUUGGAACCAAAGAAAAACUGAGCACCUCCGUAGCAAAUUGGAAUGUAGUCGAUCUAAUGGACGGUUCAAUAGUUCAAUAAGGAGGCUCUGGGAAUCAGUUUAGCCAGAGAUUAUUUUUUUCCAAAAAAUGCAUAAAAGAUGGAAACUUCUGCAUUGUUGGACAUGCUAAAGUAAAUUGGCGGGCAUGCUGCAUUAAUCAUGCCGCCGUUGGUAAGAAAAAUUUUGAAUUUUUCCAA